AUGCUCCCAUUUGGGCCACUGUCGCAUCUGUCAGCUAAUCAUAGUUUACCGGCCUGGUUUCAUAAAUUUAUGUAUUAUCCUUAUAAACAGGGUGAAGAGUGUUGUAGCGAUUACAUGGUCUCCUAUCACUACAUUAAUACUGCAACGAUGUAUACACUUGACUUCCUUGUGUAUCAUCUUCGGCCAUAUGGAUUAGUGAUUGGUGAAAUAGUCAAUGAGGGUGACAAGCAGCUGAACGGAAUGUCUCUUUUGGAAUAUGCUAAGCAACUUUCUGCUGAAAACUCAAAACCUAUCGACUCUCCAGUUCCUGUUGAAGAGGCUGAGGCAGUUGCUUUGAAGAAAAAGGAAAAAGAAUUACAAAAAGAAAAAGCCUAA